AUGGAAGUUCUGGACUGGCCAAGUCAGUCUCCGGAUCUGAAUCCGAUUGAACAUUUAUGGGAAGAACUGGAACGUCGCAUGAAAGGGACAAAAGCAAGAAAUUCUGCCCAAAAAUUUGCUCAAUUUGAAGAAGCCUGGAAGGCUAUCCCACAAUCUUGUCUUGAUAAUUUGUUGGACUCGAUGAACCGAAGAUGCAUGGCUGUUAUUGAUGCUAAAGGUUUUGCAACGAAGUACUAG